UGUCAUAUCCAGCUCUCAUUCACCGUCACCAUCUUCUCUUUUUCGCCCUGCUCAAUAUUAGCACGCCACCGAACGACGGCAUGCAAUCAUAACAUCUCAAAGAUACUGGCUCCUUGGCUAAAACAACCACGAUAUCUCACCAGAAGCAGCGAUGUCUCUAGCAAACUAUGCUUUCAUGCAACAAUACCUCCGCGUGUCGGAAGAACUCACUUGGGUGAUCCGUACUACCAGCCACUGCCUCUCCCUCUGGAAAUUCUGCGACUACCUCGACUACAACGCCUUCAGGCAGUGUUACAACGAACUUAACUAUGCUAUUGAGCAUCUCGAUCACCUCAGGCACAACUUCCCUUACCUCUUCGCAGAGCACAGCGGGCGUUACGCGAACUGCGAGCCAUUAUUCAUUCAACUCAGAGGUAAAGUCGAGGCACUCCUCACGAUGUUCUACAAACAUCCGCAGGACGGAAUAUACAAUGUGCCGGACCUUCACCCUGGGUUAGUCAGAACGAAUUUCUGGAUGUUGAAGGACGCAUGGAAGACUGCAUCGGACGCGUUGGAGCAUGACGCACGGUGGCUGCUGCCUGUGAUGAUGACGCAGGAUUUGUUGAAGAGGGUGCUGCCCCAACAAGCAAACCAAGGCGAAGUCCUUCAGACAGUGGCUUCAAUGUCAAUCAACCGCCUCUGGGCACCUGAACUCCACAAACUACCCCUCGAAGACCGCCUUCAAGCAACCUGGCGCGACGACUCCUUCGUUAACAACCGCUGCAUCAUGGUUUUCCACUGGAACAACCGCAAAUUCCUCGGCGGUCAAUGCGACGACACCUGGCAAUGGGUCUGCUUCCGAAAUCCCGACGACGACGAGCCGAUGUUGCAUCUGAAGUAUCCGGCGGAAACGGGAGGGAUAACCGAGCCGUUGAACGAGUUGCCGGUGAACAGGGCUUGGGGACAGCAUAUCGAUCAGAAGGAUUGGAUGAGGAUUGAGUUUCCGGAUCCGUACUAUUGGGAGCCGAUGCAGAGGAGGGGCGAGAGUGGGGCAUUCAUUCCCUAAAGAAAUGAUCUGAGUGAUGGCGAAGAUGAGUAACCUUACUGAUUCGAUUGUGUUGAAAUGUUUGAAGGAUAUCGUCGCCUCAGAAGUUGGCAAGACGCCUCUCGAGGAGCUUGAGUAGGCGAUUCAAGUUUUCGUCG